UAAAGUCAGCUUUGGAUAAGCCGUGCCCCAUUUUCCAUGAUUUAUGUUCUUUGUUUUUCCCAGCAAAUACCAAGGUCUAAAAGAGGAGACCAAAGAGGACAGCAUAUCUGAAGAUAUAAGUGAGCAACAGAUCAAAACAAGUGAGCGGAAUGAAGAGGACACCAUAUCUGAAGACAUAAGUGAACAGGUCAAGGAAAGCAAGUCCCAAGAGUCAAAUGAGCAGGGUGAAGACAAUGGCAUAUCUCCAACUGAGCAGGCCGCAGACAACAGAUCUCAGGACCUAAAGGAACAGGAUGAGGAUGAGAUGGAGGACAAGAUCAAGGCACUCCUGGAGACAUCAGACCAGAAGUCCCAGGAAGCUGAAGAAAGUUCACCAGCACACAUUACUAAUUCAUUGGAGAGGAGCACAGCUGAUUGGAAGGAUGAGCUGUCUAGCUUUCUUGCUACUGAGCCAGAUACAUCUACUUACUAUGACUCCCUCAGCUUAGACAACAAAAUAGAGAACCUACUACAUGGGACAGAUUGGAUGGAUUCUCAAGUGGAGAUGCCAACUGAGCUUCACUUUGGAUAUGAGGAGGAGCUUCCUUGCUCCAUAAAGACAAAGUCUAAGCCAGGAUGGAAGGACAAAGUAGUAGCCAGCUGUCCCAUCACAGAAUGCAAGCUGUCCUUUCAUGAUUGCUGCUGCUACAGCGCAGCUGAGCAGAUGAUCAAGCACAGCCCACUAUAUCCUCCUAAGGCACCACGUCACAAAAACUUUGCCCAGAAAUAUGAAGCCAAAAAAUUUCAAAGAAGUGAGAUCAAUUCUGUCUCUGAGAAGCUGCCAAAGCAAAGAUAUCACCUGGGUAUAACAAGGAAGAAAGAGUGUGCAGGAUUCACCAAGAUUCAGCUGCAACGAACAUCAUCAUCAGGCUCACACAAAGGAAGUGUCAGGAGGAGUAAAGUCUUGUAUAAUCUUUACACAACAUUCUGUGAUGAGGGAGAACAAUUUGACCCAUGCCUUGUGCCAGGAGCAAAAGGACUCUCCAGGGCUUGUACCAUUUUCAGUGCCAUCAAGAAGGGAAGGAUUAACGCCAACCACCUCUUGCUUACCUUGCACACGCUGGGGAUCCUGAUGGCUGGUACUGAAAUGCACGAGGCUCUCCGAUGUGUCCCUGUGGAUGCACGUGGCAAUCUGGAUUUUGUUGACUUCCUGGACAUUGUGAAUUGCAUCUUGCCCUACACAGAAACAGAAGCUCUCCGGAAUGCUCAGAAAAUUUUCAGAAGGAUAAAGAGAGACAUGGUGUACGUUGAGGACUUGGAGACAAUUUUGGCAUCUUUGGGGGUCUCUCUGGACUCCAAGAUUAUAGAACUAGCACUGGGAUGUAUUCAGAUUACCUGGGAUGGGAGACUGAACAUCUCAGAAUUCCUGAGAGCUGUGAGAGGAUCAUUAAGUCACCAUAAGGAACUGGAUGAAUACACCUCUUUGGCGAUGAGGCCUUAUCAGGACUUCACACACUUUGGUGACUCAGAGUCUUCCUGGAGAGGAAAGUGGAGUACACUCAACAGAGAGAUGCCACCUGGUCACACUGACCUGUUUACCUUCCAUAAUCCACAUAAAGAGGUAGACCUUGCCCAACUACAGAAGGAAGCAACUAAGUCCCAGAAAUCUGAUGGCCUAAGAAAACCCAGAACUUCAUCUCUCAUGCCUCAGACAGAAGAGAAAGAUAAGCUCUGUAAAGUCUUUGAGUGGCCAAAGAUCCAACCACGUCUUCGCUAUUCAAGUCAAGAUACUUUGUUCCCACUUAGCUCCACACUAUGCAUUAAAGAAGAGACCCCUUCCAGACACCCAAAAACAACAAGCUUGUCACCAAGUGUGGGCCAAAAGGCUGUUCCUGCUCCUUCUUCCAUCGCCCAGAGUGUCAACUACAAAACUUUCCAGCAGAAGAUGAGAAAGAAGUUGUCCUUCCAAGAGAAUCUCCCAAGGAGAUAUGGCUUUGGAGAUUACAACCGUCAAGUAUCAAAGUCUAACAAGCCUGGAGGAGAAAGGAAGGUACAUUCAGGAGGUCAGUCAGCCCUGCAAGCCUUUCAGGAUGCUUUUGACACCAUUCGUAUGCUUGCGGGAGAGAGCAUCAGAGACCAUGAGCUGUGCUCAGCUCUAAAGAAACUGGGAGUGAGUUUGAAUGACAAGGAGUUCCAGGAAUUACUGCAGACGGCAAAUGUGGCAAAAGACGGGAGAGUGAACCUCAACAGCUUCAUUUUCACCUUGGAGAAGACCCAGUUCUCUGGAUCAACAAUGUUGAAGGGUACCAUUCAGGCUAUUGACAAGAUUGAAGGAGACAAGAUGGUAGUGCAUGAUCUCCCUUCCUUUAUGAGAAGCAUGGGUGUCCACCUGACAGAUCAAGAGUUUCAGCAGGCAUUAAAACAGAUUCCUGUAGAUGGUAGUGGGAAAGUAUUUGUGAGAGACUUCAUUAAGAUUCUUACCAACACUCCACACUUCUCAGAACUGUCAGUGCUGAAGGACACCAUCAAAGCAGCCAGCAAUAUUCAAGGAAACAAGGUUCCUCUGCAAGAUCUGAAAUCCACUCUGAAGCAUAUGGGCAUUCAUCUAUACCCACAAGAGUAUGAGGAGCUAAUUCAGAAUACUCCCAAUGAUGGAGAAGGGAACAUUGAUAUUGAUCAAGUCAUAGGAAAAAUAUCUAAAACACAACGCUUCUCAGAAAUCCAAGUUCUGAAUAAUGCCAUCAAAACCUUCAGUCAGUUCAAAGAUGAAAAAGUGGCAGUUUCAGACAUGCAGACAUGCCUCAAAAAUAUUGGAGUCCAUCUAACCGAGUCAGAAUUAGAGGAGGCCACAACAUCUCUCAAAGGUUCUUCUGAUGGGACUGUAAAUGUCAAGGAACUUAUUUCAGCUGUCAAGGGAAUAAGGCGCUUCCAAAAUUAUUCAGUUGUGCUUGAGGUUAUCCUUGCUCUCAAGUUCCUUAAAAAAUACACAAAGAUGGAUUCAACAUGGGUGAGAAGAAGCCUGAAUACCUUUGGUUUCAAACUGGCUAAUGAAGUGAUCAGCCAGGUAUUAAAGUCUGCACAUAUGACUGAAGCUGGGUGGGCAAAGUUCAAUAAUUUCUUGAGGAUUUUGACAAGGAAUCAGCAAUUUAAAACAUCUGCAGUCUUGGCAGAUGGCUUUGAUGUCCUUGCCAAGCUAAACAACGGGAGGAUUGGUGUGGAUGAGUUACAGGCAGUUAUGAAGAGCUUCAACAUCUACUUGCCCUCCAGUGAUUUGUCAGAGGCUUUGGCCUAUUGCAACAUUGAUGAGAACAAGACAGUGAAUCUGAAUGACUUUCUCAGGAGUGUAACCCAUACUGGUGCUUUCAUAACUAAUCCAGGAUUGCAGCUCACAUGCAUGGCACUGAGCAAGCUCAAGGACGGCCAUUUUGAUCUCCAUGCUCUUGAGUCCACUCUGAACACGAUGGAUCUUCCCAAUGCCAAAGAAUUACUGCAAGAUAUCAUGAAGAUGGCCCAAGUUGACAAUGGUGGCAAUGUGAAUUUUGAAGAAUUCAUGAGGAUUUUUAUUGUUGUGCCAGAGUUCCCAGAAGCUGUUGUGCUGAAAGAUAUAUUUGAUGCCAUGAGUAAUAUCAAAGACCAUCAAAUCCAUGUAGAUGAACUGCCUCAAACAUUGGCUAAUGUUGGCCUUAAUUUAACUCCAGAUGAGCUCCAGUCUCUGAGUAAAUCAGUCACAAUAGCAGGAGAUGGAACAGUGGGUUUUGAAGAUGUCAUCAUGAACAUGACGGGUGCUCAGUCCUUUGCAGAAUUUACUACUCUACGCAAUACUUUCAGUGUGAUCAACAAGGCCUUCACAGAGAAGAUUAAGAAGGAAGACCUGCCAGGUGUCUUAGAAGGCCUGGGUUUCCAACUGCCCCCUGAUGAACUUCAGGCAGUUCUGGCAUCUGCUUCAACUGGUGACUCAGGGAAGUUGGAUGGGAUAGAAAUCGUGACGAUCUUGUCCAAUGUUCCAUGCUUUUCUGAAUCCAAAGCACUGCGGGAUGCCACAAAAGUUGUUGAAAGCAUAACAGAUGAGAAAGUGACUGUUAAUGAGCUGAAGAAGACUCUGAGUAGUAUGGGAGUGCACUUACCUAAUACAACCUUCAACGAGUUGGUCAAAUCUACCAAAACUGAUGAGGACGGCAGGAUUGGUUUCAAAGACUUUUUGUUAGCAUUGGGUGAAACAGAUGCUUUUACCGAACUAGAAGCUUUGCAGCAUGUGAUCACCAUCACUGGCACAAUGCAUGGCAGUCAGCAACAAAUGCAUGAAGUACAGAACACUCUUGGUAAUCUGGGCAUCCAUUUGACAAAUGAAGAGUUCCAACAAAUUGUGGAUGCCAUCGAUAUAGAUUCUGGUGGCAUGAUAAACCUGAAGGAAUUUCUGCUGGCACUGUCAAAGACGCAGCGCUUCAUGGAUUCUAUGGCCCUUCACUCUGCUAUUGAGGCCUUUGGCAGGAUCAAGAGUGAGAAAGUUGACACUCGAGAACUGGAGACCAUUGUGAGUAAUCUGGGCAUUAAUUUGAGCAACCCAGAAUUCCAAAAGGCCCUUAAAAACACCUCUGUAGAUGAAGGUGGAAGGGCAAAUUUCAAGGAAUUCUUGGUCAAUGUGAUGGACAAUGAGCGUUUCUAUGAAUUAUCAGCUAUUCAUGAUGUCUACACCCUUGUCAGCAGAGUGAAAAAUGACAAAGUCGAAGUUUCUCACCUGGAGGAUGUGCUGGCUGCCAUUGGCAUCACAUUGAACAAGGAGGAAAUGAAGGACGUGAUGAAGAACAUCAUGGUGGAUGAGGAUGGAAAGGUGACUCUGAAAGAAUUCGUGAAUGUGUUGCUUCAGACCCAACAAUUCUCCACAGCUGUAGAAAUGGAAGGAGCUCUCAAAGCAAUGCAAAGCAUCAAGCAGGACAAGGUGAACAUUGAAGACUUGGACUCCAUCAUGUACACAAUGGGCCUCAAUUUAUCUCCAAAUGAAAUCCAGCAGGCAUUGAAGUAUGUUGUGCAGAAUGUGGAUGGGACAGUAAGUCUGAGAGACUUCAUGUUUGGUGUGACCAAGACUCAGCGCUUUUCCAAAGCUGAAAUUGCCCAAGGAAAUAUGGUUCCUAUAGCAGAUGUAGAUUCAUGUUUAUCCAACAUGGGGGUCCACCUAACCAAAGAGCAGCUUCAAGAAGCUUUGAAACAUGUGAAUAUGGAUGGUAAGUAUGCCUGAGGAAAAAAGUCUUUCUGUUAAAACACGUAAUAUCUUAAUUCCAGAAAUCCUAGAUUAUUAUUUUGCUGAAGCAGCCUGUGUCUGCACUUUGCAUGCUGGUCAUUAAAUAAUCUCGUUAUUUGCUGCUACCUCAUCGUCCAUUUCUCCAUCCUAAAAAUGGAUGUAACACUGUCUCACCUUAUGGCUUUCUGAAGGCCAAUAGGGUAACACCAGGUAAAAUUCAAAGUCUAUAUACCUUCAGCCUCCCUUCAUGGAUAUCCUUGGCCAGUUUUUGCAGGUGCUUAAAUUGUGUUUCAUGCAGCUGGGCCAGGAUUGGUUCUGUAGCAGGGACAGUAUCCUUCCUUUUACCCUCUAAUGUGACCCUCAUUCUGGGUCCAUUCUCCUCAGAUUCUCAUGGAUCCUUUGUGGUGAGUCCCUGCAGCAAAGAGUGAAGGUGAAUGAAGCCCAAUGGAGGACUAGAGCUGCAUAUAGGGUGUGACCUAGCUCCUCUUUACUCCACUCUGGAUUGAAGGGCACCAAGAUUAAUAAAUGAAGGGCCCCUGGGUUCUUGCCUGUCUCUAACACAUUAAUCAAUCAGCCAGAGACAGAGAGAUCCAAUAGAUAUUUUACUUUCAGCUGAAAAUAG